UCUCGGCAACUCCCUGGUAAUUAUCUGAACACGACAACAAUGUAGUCUAACUGUAUUGUAGCCUACAACAUUUCAUGUCAUACAAAGAAACAAUGGCUUCCACAAUGGAUCGGGUGUUCAUGAUCAGAGCUGUUUGAAUGUGACUUACACCCAUCAGAGUAUCUGUUCCUUGAAGGGGUCAACAGUGGACGUUACUUGCACUUAUAGACAUCCCAGCUGGCAUAACGUCACAGAAGUAUCCUGGUUCAACAAAUGGGAUUCUGGAGUUACUGCUGAUCUAAGCCAGGACCCAGAGUAUGCAGGUCGUGUGAAGUACCUUCCAACUACAGACAAACACUCCACCCUGAGAAUCACAGACCUGAGAGAGAGUGACUCUGCUGAAUACAAGUUUAGAUUUACAACAACUGAGGUAAAAUGGGGAUACAGCUUCCCUGGAAUAACUCUGAAUGUCACAGCCCUUUUCAGACUUGCAGGUGAAGGAGACUCCUGCCACAGAGGAAGGGAAGGUGACACUGACCUGUAGCACCACCUGUACGCUAACUGACAACUCCAACCCCUCCUACAUCUGGUACAAGAACAGACAACGUCUCACCAACCCAAACACCCAAGAUAACUACCUCUCCCUAGACCAAAUCAGCAGUGAGGAUGCAGGCAGCUACUCGUGUGCUGUAAAAGGCUACGAGAAUCUCCGUUCUCCUGUUACAUUUGUUGGGGAACCAAAGUCUUUGAAGAAUCCAAUUGUAGGAAUCAUAGUUGUUGUUCUAAUUCUCAUAAUCUGUCUCCUUGGGUUCAUGUGGUUAAGAAGGCCUCCAUUAUCCACGUCUGACACACAAGACAGGAGAGACACAGUAGAGAAUGGACAGAGAGACUCUAAUCCAGUGUAUGACAACGUCUCAGGCAUGCCCAUGGCCCCUACUGCAGCACAGAGACCAAUCACAGACGAGCAGGAUGACGUUACCUACGCAAGCAUCCAACACAGAAACCAGGAAGUGCCUCUGUACUCCACCGUCCCACCCCCAGAAACAGGACCAGGAUUUCCAAUAUGCUACUGUGAAAUUCAACAGCCCCAGUGCUGCUCAAUAGACAUUGGGUUGGAUUCAAUCAAAUCAUGGAAACCAACCAGCGUCGGAGAGGGGGAGCGGGAGUAGACUUGACAGUAUCCCCCCCUCUCCAGCCACAGGACAACGCCGGCCAGAAGGAUGGCCCCGAGGGUGAGGAGCGGGCCGGUCCGGAACUGGGAUGAUGUUGUGAUCUUUAAUGUCGUCUACCGGAACCCAAACCGCUCCUCCGGACCGUACCCCUCACAGUCCACUAGGUACUGGAGCCAACCCCCAUGACGUCGGGAGUCCAGGAGGUAACUGACUGCUUAGGCGGGGCUUCCCUCGAUGUCCAGGGGAGGCAGAGGGGGACGGCAUCAGCCAGGGGACCAGGAACC